UCCACGCCGCCGGCUCCCCGCCACCGCUCCGCCGGCCCUGCGCGCGUCCACCCUGCCUCCACGCCGCCGACUCCCCGCGCAGCGCGCCGGCCCCGCGCACGUCCACCCCACCGGCCCCGCGCGCAUCCACCCCUCAUCCCACCUCCGUCUCGCACGCGGCGCACCCCAAGCCGCCUCCGUCGCACGCCCCCAUCCAUCUAGGCCGCCGUCCAAAUUGAGCUGCCGGAGCAGCCCGUGAUGCAGCCCUGGCAGGGAGAUCAAGAAGAAGCGGUUUCGUGUCUGAAACUGCGCUUGCGCCGCCGGACGCCGCGUAGGGGACAUCUGCUUCGAUGCGGAGGCAUGGAUCCGGUGCUUGUCCCCAAGAAGAGGCUCGCGGCCUGCGCGGCCACGACUUGGACCGUCAGGUCGGGAAGAAGGUGAUGCUCCGAGCAAACCACUUGCUUGUCAGCAUCGACGACAAUCUGUUCCAGACUUCCAGUACAGUAACUUGUAACAUGAAGGCCCUGGAAAAUCUAGAAUCACAUCCUUUGGACAUGGGACCAGCAAAGGUGCGUAGCACUGAAGCUCAGCAUCAAGCGGUGCUGCGGUGGGAUGAUGUCUUUGGCAUUGGCAUCAAGCUGCCUGCCACGAAGCGCUGUGUUUUAAGGUCUCCUCCUACCUCAAGAUUAUUGGAUCAUCCCAUCUUGCCUCUGAAUUUGACUAGCGAUGGCGUUGCAGUAGAUUGCCCACUGCAGCGUGGAUCUCAACGGCGCAAACAUAAUUGCAAUGUAAACCAGCAAGGCAGCAACUGGCACAGUGGAAGCCAUGCAUCUAUGUGAAGGUGCCCCUUGCUUUCAAAACUGGUGUUGUGCCUUUCAUUACACUUAGUAGGUUGGUAGGAGAUUGGAAAGGCAUGUGACAGUUGUGUUGAUGCCAAACAUUUGGACAUCAUCUCUAUGUAUGCUGCUUGUAAUGGUCAAGAUCUUAUAUAUAUAAGAUCUGUCUGAUCAAGUUGUG